CAAAACUUUAAUCUUAGAAAGCACAAUUCAUGGGCGUAAUAAUGGCAGUUGCCGUGGUUACAGACAACCACAAGAAGUAAACAGAUAAGUGCCUAUCUGAAAACCUGAAAACAUAUUUCUCAGGGUUGCAAAAGGAUUUUCUCAUUACAACACGGGUUUAUUUUUUAUUGUUUAUAUGGAUCCUCCUCAGCUGUUACCAUGGAAACAACCUCUCUCCUGCGGUCAUGGACGGAGUAUGGGACAAUGGACCCUCAAAGCACAGAUGAUGCCUGGAGCCGGAGUAGAAACCUGCAGCAUUUAAACACUGUCAGGAACUUCACCUCCCUCUCACCCAGGACAGAGUGUCAUUGAUGUAAAGAGCCGCUCUUACCAGAGUUUAACAAACAGCCCUGAGCUCUGAGCGUCGACAGAUGAAGAGACCUGCAUGAAUGAAAAGCCUGGGGGUGUCAGGAAGCGCCCGCCGCCUCCCUCCUCACUCACACAGCAGCCUGAGACUCUCCUCCAGGUCCGCGUGUACAGAAAGCACAGAGUUCACAGGACAGAUACACAGUGAAUGUUACACACACGUCUCUCUGAGGGGAUGUGGCACGGGUUAACAGCAUUCAUUAGAAACAUGAAAUGAUCAUUUUGGAAUUCGCUGCUGAAAACAACAGGUCGUUUGAGUAGAUAUUAUAUUUCCCUCUUUCUCUUUCUUUAUUCGUUUAUUCUGCGCAGGCUCUUAAGGUCAGGUCUCCCGGUGUCUCUCCAAUCAAAUCCUUUAAUAUCGAAAAGGAGAAAUAAUCAACUCAGACAUUUAGAAUAAGAGGAAUCCCAGUCAGAGGGAAAGCCACAUUUCAUCUUCUACUCUACAUCUGACCCCGUGUUCAGAUACACGUCUGACCUGAGCUCAUGACAUGUGAUCGCCUGUUAUGACCUUAAAGUCUGCUUUAAAAAAAGCGGGGAUGACUGUGUGAUGGUGGAUGACGCCACGGCACUCCCAUGAGCAGAAAGCUUUUCCCUGUUUGAUGGAUGUGGUGUAGGGGCGUCGGACUCUGAUAUAUAGAGGAUGUGGUGAGAGCAGUGAACACCAUCCUUCUCCUGACGGACCGCUGCAGCCUGCACUCAACGUUACGAUGAUGCUGUUACCGUUCCUCCCGGUGAUGCUGCUGUCUGCGCGCGCCGUCCUUGUCGCCAGCGUCGCCGCGCCGGCCCUCACCUUCAGAGGAACCGACCCGAUCACCGGUCAGCCGGUGGUGUGUGACCGCUGCCCGCCCGGGACCUACUUGCGCGCGCGCUGCACGAUGACGCGCAAGAGCGAGUGCGCGCCCUGUCCGCCGGGCUCGUUCACGGAGCUGUGGAACCACAUCGGAAAGUGCCUGCGCUGCGGAGUGUGCGGCCACGACCAGGUGGUGAAGAAGGCCUGUUCCGCGGACAGUGACUGCCAGUGUCAGUGUAAAGACGGAUACUACUACCAGAAGAACUACGACAUGUGUCUCCGCCACCGCGAGUGUCCGUCCGGAGAAGGCGUGCUGACCGAAGGUACAGCUGAUGAGGACACAGUCUGCCACACCUGUCCCAAUGGCACCUACUCUGACACAAUGUCUGCUCACCAGACCUGCACAGAGCACAAGAGCUGCAGAGCUGCAGGGCAGCAGCUGGUGCUGAAGGGCUCCAUCUGGCACGACAGCCUGUGUGUGAGCUGCACAGAGCUCCAGUCCAGAGAUGGAGCCAGCUACCUCAGAGAGAUCCUCCCAGCUUUCUUUGCCCACCAUACACUGACAGUGAAGCGGCUGCGUCGUAUCGUGCACCACCUCCCGUCUGAGGACGGCAAAAAACAGGCAGGAACUUCAACGCUUAACCUCCCAGAGCUCAGAGUGCGGAUCAACGCUUGGGUCGCCUCUGCCACGGCUCAGCAGAUCCGGCGGCUUCCGGAAGCACUGAUAAAGGCGGGAGCGAACAACGUUGGUGAGCGACUGCAGAACAAACUGCGGAGAAUCGACUGUAAUCUGAACGAGCUGUGUGCUUUGGCAAAUGAGGUGGAUGUAGUUUUAGAGUAGGUAGGACGAGGCAGAAAAGAUCUUGUCACAGGUACUAAGGUGUACAAAGUGUCCAGUGUUCACUGAAAAAUUAUUCUGUUUUUGUGUUGCUCAAAAAUUGUCAAAACGUUAAUGCAGGCUUUAGUACUUUUUGCAUUAGUUAAAGGAGAAUACCAGCCUUUCAGAGGAAAAGUUAAUUCACUUCUAUCUGCACCUACCUAAUUAACACUCCUCCUGUCUCAGAGCAUUCCUGCUUUUUGUUGUUUUUUUUUCCUCAUGAAACAAAGCAAUCUAAACUUCCUGUUGUCGCCUCGCCUGAAAUGACCGGCUGCCCUGUGUAACGAAACUUAAACUUAAAAAUAAUUAGAUGAGAAACUAUGCAACAUGUUGUGAAGGACAGGUCAUUUCAGGUCAGGGGACUGGACAGAAAACAAUGCAGAUCUAGCACUGCGGGGGAAAAGUCUGUUCACUCUCUGAAAGAUCGUAGUUCUUGUACUCAGGAGUACAUUCCUCACAUAUGUAAUGAUUAAAGUACAGUCUUAAGAUCAGAUGUCUUCUGAUGCCUAAUUAGUAGUAGAAGUAGUACUUACUAUAAUAAGUAAUGUACUCCAAAGCACAAAACUCUUGUAUUUUAUUUCUGGGAGUGAAAGCAGAGAGAGGACCUGCACAACUGACACUUUGAAAAACAAAAUUAGAAAAAAGCAAACACCGGUAUUACCCUUUAAAAAAUAAAAAGUGUUGGCCUACAGUUUAUCUACCUCUUCCUAUGUGUGCAGUUAAACACUGAUGUGGUGCCACAGUCUUAAUUUAUUUUGCUAUUUAUAUGAUGAGGUAAGUUGUAUCCUAUGAGAACAGGGUAAUGGAACUCUUGUUAGCAGUUUGUUAUUUUUUUACAUGAUAGAAACAUAAUUGCAUACAAGUAAAGUUAGGGCAUGUGUGGCUGCUUUAAAUGAUGCUCAAAUAAAAUGAACAUACUAUAUAAUCA